GCUGGUUGCGCAUCUUAACCUUCAGUCCACCGCCUCUCCUUCCACUCGCGUGAUUUGGCUGCUUUGCCUCGGAAUUCAUCCUUCUAUAAUUACUCGUUCUCUGUCAUCCCACUCAUCGCUUGCGACAACCUGCAAUGCGGUGAUUCGCUCUCGCAGAAGCUCCUGAGUUGCUAGUCACUUCGAACGCCCUCCGCCAUGACUAUCAAUUCGGUGCAGACGCUCUUCCCUGGUCGCCGUUCGAUCAAUUCGACCGAGAAGAGCGCCGCGAAGCCGCCUCCGAAGACUUAUUCAGCACGAGAUCCUCCUUUCAGGGGGUAUCUACCCCCGCAAGCCGAUGGGUUUGAGCGAAGCAGGUCGAACCCUGACUCCAGCGCCAUAGUCAUCGACAAUGGCUCUAGUCUCGUCAAAGCCGGAUGGUCGUUCGACAAGGACCCUCGCUUCGUCAUCCCUCCGGUUAUGAGCCGGUACCGCGACCGGAAGCUCAACAAGGCGUGUCAGUUCAUCGGAUAUGACGCCUACGUCGAUGCUACGACACGCGGUCAAUUACGUUACGCCUUUGACCCUGGUACGAGUGUGGUGGGAAACUGGGAUGUUAUGGAAGGGGUGCUUGAUUAUCUAUUUCUCAAGCUGGGGGUAGACGGGGCAGAUGGAGGGGUUGGCCGGCCCAUCGUGAUGACAGAACCGAUCGCGAACCUGAACUACCCGCGACGAAUGAUGAACGAAAUCUUGUUUGAAUGCUACUCCGCGCCCUCCGUUGCCUACGGGAUCGAUUCGCUCUUCUCCUACCGGUACAAUCGUGGGACCGAUGGAUUGAUUGUUUCAUCGUCGCAUACGUCGACCCAUGUUAUUCCCGUCCUCAACAACAAGGCUCUGUUGUCGAACUGCUCGCGGCUCAACUGGGGUGGAAUGAAUGCGUCUGAAUACUUGCUGAAGCUGAUGAAGCUGAAAUACCCGACAUUCCCCGCAAGGCUUACCGAAAACCAGAUGGAAGGGCUUGUUCGGGAGCACUGCUACGUAUCCACUGACUAUGACACGGAGCUCAGUCACUACCUCGAUUGGACAGGACUCGAAGAACGCGACCAUGUCAUCCAAUAUCCAUAUACAGAACAUGUGGUGCAGGAAAAGACCGAGGAGGAACUUGCGCGCAUCGCGGAGAGAAAGAAGGAGAGCGGACGUCGGCUGCAGGAACAGGCUGCGAAGAUGCGACUGGAAAAGCUCAUGAAAAAGGAACAGGAGUUGGAAUACUGGAAAGACCUCCAGCGGGGUCUCCAGUCUGAGACUAAGAAAGAGGCGAAGCGGAUCUUGGAUGCGGAGGAUCUGAAAGACGAAGCACACCUCGAUCGGCUCGUCCGGGAUCUUGAACGGUCCAUCAAACGGUCUAGAAACCGGGACCUCGGAAUCGAGGAGAAUGAAGAGCCUCAGGAGGAGAUGUCGUUCCCCAUGCUGGACAUACCUGACGAGGAAUUGGACGAAGCCGGAUUGAAGGAGAAGCGGCACCAGCGGCUCAUGAAGUCCAACGUCGAGGCACGGCAGCGCGCGAAGGCCGAAAAGGAGCGAGAGAAGGCCCGCCGGGAGGAAGAAGAGCGUCUUGACCGGGAGAAGAGGGAGAACAACUUCGAGGAGUGGAUUGAGGAGAGGAGGGUGGCUCGACAGAAUAUUCUGCAAAAGAUCAAGGAGCGAGACAGGAUGAAGGCAGAUCUGGGUAACCGGAAGUCCCUCGCCAGCCAGAUGCGGAUGAAAACGCUAGCAAAUCUCGCCUCAGACGGACCCAAGAAACGCCGAAGAGGCGGCGACGAUGACGACUUCGGUGCGAACGAUGAAGACUGGGGUGUGUACCGAACCGUGGCCACCGGCGACCAGAGCGACGACGAAGAGGAGGAAGAUCUCGGCGCCGUGCUCGACAACGUCGAAAAGGAGCUCCUGGAGCACGAUCCCGAAUUCACAGAAAACCACACGCUCGCCGCGCAGUCCGACUGGACUAAGAGCCUGAUCCACGUCUUCCUCCGCGGCCCCUGGCCAUUCGACCCAGAGAGCCAGCGCGAAGCCCACCAGCUCCACCUCAACGUCGAGCGCAUCCGCGUGCCGGAAGUGGUAUUCAAGCCCUCUAUCGCAGGCGUGGACCAAUCAGGCCUUGUGGAUAUAGCCGCCGACAUCGUCAACCACCGCUUCGGCAACCCCGACGACCAGGCGAAACUCCUCCGCGACGUCUUCUUCACCGGCGGCAACACCCUUUUCAAGAACUUCGACGAACGAUUCCGUAAUGACUUCCGCGGUCUCCUGCCCCUCGACGCCGAGCUAUCCGUACGUCGCGCCGCAGACCCCGUCCUCGAUGCGUGGAAGGGAGCCGCGCAGUGGGCGUCUGGGCCGGAGCUGGCCAAGUCGUCGAUCUCGCGGCAGGAGUAUAUGGAGAAGGGUAGCGAAUAUUUGAAGGAACACGAGUUAGGAAAUGCUACCUCGUGGUGAACACGGAGGUUCUUGAUUAUGACUGGCAACUACGUAAGCCUAGACAGUAGUGCUGUCGUGGCCGUUGAUUUUUCUAUCGAAUGCGAGCGUCCUUGUCGGUACGAAGGCGGGUGAGUCAGGG